AUGACAGCCGACAUGACAGCCGCCAUGUUGGAGUCAGCAUUAAAUACAUCUGAGAUAAAAGACUCGAACGAUACUCAUAAUACAUCUACGGAUAGGUUAGACGCAGUUUUAAAUAACAGUAUGACACCAAAUAAACUUUCAGACGAACAACUUGCCUGGGACCAUGACUUUGGUACCCCCCAAACAGGAGAAAAAACACCGUAUGAUGCGUCUACCCCCCAAAUGGACGGCUCGCAACCCCCCAUACACCCCCUAUUCCGGACCCCCGUUAGGAAUAUUAUGGCCGAUAUACUAACUAAACCUUGUUUAUCAACCAUAGAGGAAAUUCCGUCCGAUGAAUCUUUUUCGGAUUCCCCACCCCCCCGGGGGAACAACGUCGCCGGGGUCGCCGCCGACCUCGAUAAAUUUUUUGGCAACGGCGAUGAGGAACCGGAUUCCUCUACUGGAUCAAACAACUUAAUCAUACAUCUUGGAGAAGAACCACCAGAAGUUCCCCCCGCUGAAAUAAAUAAUUGUCCCAACCCAACCACCGACUCUGUUGUUACUGGCGAGGUAAGCGCCAAACUUCAUCUUGACGCAGCAAGCGCCAGUGGGUCACAGCCACCGCCACCAGCUACCACCAAGACAGUGAAGAGGAAGAAAAAGAUCCUUCCCCCUACACCACACCACGAGGGCCAGAGAAAGAGGAGGGUGACGGAGGAGGUGACCCACGCAUCUACGGAUGAAGAGUUGGUGGAGGCUCCUCCUGUUGAGGUUCCUUCAUCGAUGGACACGGGACACGUGGUCACCAUUGACCCACCGGAAAGUCCACCACCACCUCCGGUUGUUGUUGUUGAAAAACCAGCGGAGAUCCAGCGAGAAUCCAAAAGGAGGAAGACAUCAUCGGUUACCUCACCGAAGAAGUCCGACCAACCCGACUGGAUUAUCGAUCCAGUUGACGACUCGCCAGUGGCGGAGACGGUCUUUAACCAGGCCCUGAUGGAAUCGCCCCCUACAACUCCGACGACUUCAACCCCCGGGAUUCCAGCGAUGCCACCCCCACCCAGGAAGAGUGGCGCUGUAGAGACCCAGGCCCGUCUUGUGGCCGUUGGAAAACGAAAGGCGAUUGUGUCUCCGGGCGACCAACCAGCCAAGCCAAGUCCGCCGACACAACCGCCCCCACCUACUCCAUCUCCAGCAGAAGACCAGCCCUCUGGACAACCUUGGUCACUGCAGGCCGGCAAGUUACCAACACGCUACGCGAGGCUGGUGAAGACCAACAUUGGGGAUGUCUGCCGGCUCCUCUGUCAACCGAGCCUGAAGUCAUACGAACCUCUGCCACGAACCGAAGGAGAGUUCUCGGUGCGCAGGAUCACGAUGAACGAUGGCGAGGGAUCUGCCUCACCGUCCGCCGGAAGGGACUCUUCCACCAAGGGAUGA